AUGGAGGAGGACAACGGAGAGGAGGUGACGGUGGAUGACAAGCUGAACCUCAUGUCGCAGGACGCAUGGCCGCUCUAUCGCUACCGGUGGUGGCUGCGUGAGUACUUCUCGGAGUUCUUCGGCACCUUCUUCCUGAUCUCCUUCGGCGACGGUGUCUGCGCCACGAUGCUGUUCCACGCCGGCGACACCGCUGCCAGCCAGACCAACGCGAGUUGGCUCGGCAUUACCUUUGGCUGGGGCAUCGGGCUUACCAUCGCACUCUACGUGAGCAUGGGCGUCUCUGGCGGGCACUUGAAUCCCGCGGUGACCUUGGCGAACUGCGUCUUUGGUGCGUUUCCGUGGAGGAAGGCCCCCGGGUUCAUUCUUGCCCAAAUCCUUGGCGGCAUGGUGGGCGGCGCCAACGUGUACGCGCUCUUCAAGCCGUUCUUUGACAAGGGGGAGCAGAACCUGCUGCCCGGCGAGACCAUGACCACGAAGUACGGCGGCAUCUUCUGCACCUACCCCGGCGUGCCGAACGGGUACGCCGUGUGGAGUGAGCUGUUCAACACGAUGGCGCUGAUGAUGGGCAUUCUUGGCAUCAACGAUGACCGGAUGACGCCCGCCAUCAACUUCAAGCCCUGCGCGGUGGGUGCGCUGGUCUUCUGCAUCGGUCUCACCACCGGUGUGAACUCCGGCUAUGCCAUCAACCCGGCGCGUGACCUUGGCCCGCGUAUGAUCACGGGAAUGCUGUGGGGCUCGGACCCGUUCACCGUCCACCACCACUACUUCUGGAUUCCGAUGUUCUGUCCCGUCUUCGGCGCCAUUAUUGGUGCGUUCUUCUACGUUCUCUUCAUCGUCCCCAAGGGCGUUUAGUGUGCUUUGCUGCUUCUGCAGUGUCCAUCGACGCGAUGUCUCACCGUGGAUGCGUUUCUUUCUCCCCCUCUCCGCAUGAAAGAGCGUUCUUCUUUUGCUCCGUCUUGAUCUUCUCCCUUGCUCAUCAAAAACAUCACGUUGAAUUCAUCGCUAACCGGUAGCCCGUAAUUUCUUUCCUUGCUGCUUUGCAGCCAUAAAACGUGUUUUUAACGCUACCGCUCUCUCUCUGAUUUGAGUGCGCUUUCUUUCUUUUCCUUGGAAACAUUGUUGUGAGAGCGAAGGACUCCUGCAGCGGCCGACAUGUGUUGGUAUUGCUCUGUCCAGAACUACCGGGCUAUUGUGUUGUGACCUGGCAGCGAUCGAAACUGCUGCUCCACACCAUCAAUGGCAGCACUGGUGAAGCAGCUCGCAGCACGUCUUUCUCACAUCGACCACAUUAAUAACGAUGCUAGUAGAGCAAAUAAGCACGUGUGCCUUCGGUGUACUUACAUUAAACCCUUUUAUUAUUUUCCAAUUUUCUUUCCCUUUCCUUUUGUUUCCGAGUCGAAACUAUUGCUCCUCGUCUCUCUCUCUCUCUCUGGUCAUUUCUUUCUUUGGAAGGAGGGUGUGCCGCCCGGGCCUCAGCGCGUUGCGUUGGUGACAGAGACGCCUCCCUGGCCGAGAGUCGACUACGGAAAGUCUUUUUUCUCCUUCCUUUGUUUCAGUUCGACUUCAAAAAGAUUCCUAUCAAAACGUUUUUUCUUCCCUUUAAUCGAUACAUUUCUCUCCCUCCACACGUAAUUCUCCUAAUUGAUUUCUCGGUUUCUCUUUUCGUGCUUUGUGGGCGUCGUGUUUUAUAAUUGGUGCUGUCACUUCAGAGGAUUUCAGCCCACGCCGUUUGUUAGAUCGUACUCUGUCCCG